AUGGGGAGAAAACGCUACACACCGAUUGCUUUCAUGUCAAAGCCAAAGCCAAUGAUGUCAGAAGAGCAGUUGAUGGAAGAAAUUAUGUUGGGAACCCGAGAGCUCCAAGUCCCUGUCAAACCUUUGUCGGCCAACACGGCCUCGGUAGCGAACAGUGCCUUAAAGACUAGCCCCACGCCGCAACCCAAAUCUCUGCGAUCUACCGCAAGUACCACCGCAGAAAGCGAAAGCAGAUCCGACGAUCCAAGCGAUGGGUCCAACAAACAGCAAAAGCAACAAGUUGCAAACAAGAUACCGCCAGCUCCAGCUCUCAUCAGCUCGACCAUCCAACGUGACAAGGUCUCUCCAAUGUCCACACCCAACGCUUCCCCUACUACAAUCUCACCCAAACCGCGUACAAGAAGAGCACGACCUGGUAAAAGCCCUGGACGGACCUCCAAAAGCAAUGUAGUUCAACCACCUGUGACAGACAAUGGUGACAGUGAACAGAUAUCUGCAGUUGCCACAUCAGGCAGCGCCCAUACUAGUUCACCCAUGCCUCAUUCCAGAAGGUCCCAAUAUAGUAGAAGCCCAGUUUCUGCACGACGGCGAGCAAGCAGCGGUAAUAGGCGGAGUUUAUCCACUCGGAACUUGCAACCGAAUGAUAUGAUGUCGCCACUCCCACCCCCACCACCGCUGCCCACAAAGGGUUCGGAAGAUGACGACCAGCUUGGUCUCCUUUCGCCAAAGACUGCAAGACGCGGCGGUACCCGAUUGGUGGAGAUUGCAAAUAAAAGACUUCAGGGAGGCGGUCGAACUAGCACUACUAGUCGUCGGAGCACCAAGCUUCCAACCAUACCAAUGAUUGCUGAUGCUACUGCAAAUGAUCAACAACAUGAAAAUGGAGCUCAAGAAGAUUCGUUGCGAUCACGGGCAUCUGACGACGCGGAAUCACUUGCAAAGGAAACAUCCAACGCAACACGAUCACGUUCAGGCAGCAUCAGCUCUGCACCACGCUCUCCGGCAGUGGUCCGAAGGAAAAUGAGUACUCGAUCCAGCACCUCUGCUCGGCCUCAGCCAACCAAUGAUACUGAAUUAGUCGAAGACCAAGUAUCCACAUCACGACGCUCCAGCAUCGGUAACGGUUCAGCAUCACGUUCUCCGGCCGUAGUGCGAAGGAAGCUAAAUAAUCGAUCCAUCAAGGAAGAUUCUUUUCGGUCUCAGUCAUCCAACGAUACUGAAUCAAAGGAAGCAUCCACAUCACGGCGGUCCAGCAUGGGUAACAGCUCAUCAUCACGCUCUCCGGCCGUAGUACCACGAAGAAAGCUGAGUAACCGAUCCAUCAAGAAUGAUCCUUUGCAGUCUCAGCCAUCCAACGAUACGGAAUCACUCACAAAGGAAGCAUCCAUAUCACAACGUUCCAGCUUCAGUAACAGGUCAGCAUCACGUUCUCCCGCCGUUGUGCGAAGGAAGCUGAGCAAUCCAUCAAUCAAAGAUGAUUCUUUGCAAUCUCGGGGGUCAACCAACGAUACUGAAUCAAAGGAAGCAUCGACAUCCUCAAGACGGCGUUCCAGUAGCAUUAGCUCAGCACCACGCUCUCCGGCGGCGGUGCGAAGGAAGCAGAGUCGCCGGAGCAUCAACACGCUUUCAGCAACAACAGCACCAUUGAAUGAUAAUGGAACUGAUCAAUCACAGGCAGACAGUGAAAAUCAAGGUGAUUCAUUUCGGUCUCGGUCAUCCAACGAAAUUGAAUCACUUGCAAAGCAAUCAUCAUUGUCAACAUCUGCACGAUCACGGUCCAGCAGCAUCAGCUCGGCACCACGGUCUCCGGGUGCAGUGCGAAGGAGACUGAGUCGAUCCAAGGAUCCAAAAAGACGAAGCAACAAGGUAAGUGAUGAACUGAGGGAAUCUCGGCGAAUGCUGAUGCAGAGAUCCCAGUCAUCGAACUCCAUUGGAAAAAAGAAGAACGCAGGGUACAUCAAAUCUUUUCUUGGUACUUCUGAAAGAUCCCUUAACAUCAACCAGCAACAAAUUGAUGACUCUGGUGAAAAGAAUGUCGUAGAUGACGAAGCUAAGAGCUAG